AAAAAGGAACUCACUUCUCCAAUGGCAAAAACAACAAAAAUCCUCUCUUUUAUCCUCCUUUUCUUUAUCAUCUCCGUAUUUUCUUCAACCCCAUCAAAUGCUUUAGGUGGAAAAAAACUAGGUGGAAGAACACAAAUCCAAGAUGUGAAGACAAACAAAGAAAUUCAAGAUUUGGGAAAGUUUUGUGUUGAAGAGUAUAACAGAAAUUUGCAAAAACAAAAACAGAAGGUUAAUAAUAAUAAUGGGUUGUUGAGUUUUUCUGAGGUUGUUGAAGCAGAAAAACAAGUUGUUUCUGGUAUUAAAUAUUACCUUAAAAUCUCCGCAACUACUUCCUCAGGUGCUCCGAAAAUGUUUGAUGCUGUUUUGGUUGUUAAAGCUUGGGAGAAAAAGAAAGAAUUGCUUAACUUUUCUCCUUCUCCUGCUACUAAGUGAUUGUGGGAUAAUGAUUAAACGUUUAAGCUGCUGGUUCUAAUGCUUAAUUAGAAUACUUUAAUCUAAUUUUUAAGUCUUUUUGUUUUUUAACUUCUUUUCUAGUCUUUGAUUUGUAACGUAUUUUGGGUGACUUUUUAGUGUUGUACUAUGUGAUGCAAUAAUCAAUGAACGACAUAUGUUAUUGUUGAA